AAUGCAAUUUACCUUCUUUAAUUGUAAUUCAUAACUUAAUCACUGAGUAUUUUAAUUCGUUAAUUUUGUGUUAUACUCUGCCUUUGCCUAUAAAAAUUCAAUCUUUAAGCCUAAAAUUAAUCGAAUCCUUGUUUUUUAUAUUCAUAAUUUGAUGUUCAAUUGAUUUGUUCGAUGUUCUUGGUGUUCAAUUGGCUGAUUUGAUUAAAAACAACCAGCAGUAUGAUGUAUACAGAGUGUUGUAGUUAUUGUCAUAUUGUGAUUUCUGUGGUCGAUAAACCUAAAUUAAUGCUAAUUUUUCUUUUAUUUUUUUGGUCGAAUUUGACAGAUUAAAAUGUCAAAAGUGUUAUGUUGGAUUUUGUGGAAAAAUGAAAUUGAGUAGAUUUGAGUCACUUGUUGUUGUUGAGUUGUUUUGGAGCUUGUGAAAGUAAGAGUUUGAGUAAUGGAAUGGGUUGUUGCUUAUAUAUCGGCUGGGUUCGGUGUUACCCAUCUUAUCACCGAAAACCACAAUAAAACAAUGGCUUAUAUGUGAACUUUAACAUGAUUAAGGUGUUUUUAUUAUCUGUGCAUUCUGGUUUCAAGGUUUUGUUUGUGACUUUUCAUCCUAAGUUGUUGUUCUUUCGAACUUUAUGUGUUGAGGGGUUGAUAUUGUGGUCGAAUUGUCAAUUAAUAAUGUCUUGUUUCUAGCACUCAUAAUUGGUUCAUAUACCUCACAACAUUACUUGGUUAACAUGCAUGGUGUUGCUUUUAGCAUAAUUAUAUGCUUAAACUUUCUUUGAGUAUGAUAUUUGGCUGUUUGUCUUAUUAUCAACUUUUAAUUGUCCCAUAGAUGAUUUUGAUAAUAGUGGAUUUAUAAUUUGUGUAGCUUUAAUGUCAUUGCAGUUGAGAUAAGAAGAUGAAUUUGUAUUGUUAUGUGGGCUAUGUUGAAGUAUAUUAUCCAAAGGGAUCCUAAUUGUAAUGUUUUGUUCUAUGUUUGGGCAUGAUACUUGUGCAUGAUGGUAGGAUUUAAUUGGAGUUUUGCAUACUCAAGUGACCAGUCUGACCACACCAGACAAAAGUAAAAACUUCUUAUACUUUAGUGUGCCUGUUUGUAUGAUUGUGUUUGUGUAAUGUUGCUUUUGUUUACCCUAUAUCAUAGUCUGCCUUUGUAGUUGAUGAAAUCUCAGUAAAGAAGGUGGACUCAUGGUAAAGAAGUAAAGAACUGGUGGUGCAAGGAUUACUUUAAUGUUAAAUAAUGUGAUACACAGUUAGUAGAUGGCUUGUUUUGUUAUUUUUUUUUUUCUUGUAAUGGAGAAAGUAGAGGAGUUUGAUUGCAUCCUUAUAGAUAUGGCAUUGGGUGUGCUGUAUAAUAUGGACAGGGAGAAAGUUGCAGCUCGUGGGGGUGUUUUUGUUUUGGCAUUUGUAUACACCGGAGGCAGGUAGUUGGCGUUCAGAAGGAAGGUUGUGAGAAUGAGUUCAGACGGGGACAGGAGCAGGAGCAGGAGCAAAAGUAUGAGCAAAAGUAGAAGCAGAAGUAGAAGCAGGAGUCCAGUAGAUCGAAAGAUUCGUAGUGAACGCCAGUCAUUUCGUAGUGCACCUUAUGGGAGAGACCAACGUCGGGGUUUCAGCCAGAACAAUCUGUGCAAGAAUUGCAAGCGCCCUGGCCACUUUGCUAGAGAAUGUCCUAAUGUAGGCAUUUGUCAUAACUGCGGUCUUCCUGGGCACAUUGCCCUGGAAUGUACCACAAAGUCUCUUUGUUGGAACUGUCGAGAACCUGGCCACACAGCCAGCAGCUGCCCUAAUGAGGGCAUUUGCCACAGGUGUGGCAAGGGUGGUCACCAGGCCAGGGACUGUCAUGUCCCACCACCGCCACCUGGUGAUGUGAGGUUGUGCAAUAACUGUUACAAACAAGGCCACCUUGCACCGGAUUGUACCAACGAGAAGGCCUGCAACAACUGUAGGAGAACAGGUCAUCUUGCUCGAGACUGUACUAACGAACCUGUCUGCAACCUGUGCAACUUGUCAGGACACGUAGCAAGAGGUUGCCCUAAGGCGGAUGAUCUCGCUGGGAGAGGAAGUGUGGUUCGAGGUGGUGGUGGUUACAGUGGUGAUGGUGGUGUUGGUUACAGGGAUGUUGUAUGCAGGAACUGCCAGCAGUUAGGGCACAUGAGUAGGGACUGUGUUACACCAGUGAUCUGCAAUAUGUGUGGAGGGCGUGGUCAUCUGGCAUACGAAUGUCCUUCAGGGAGGUACUUGGACCGCUACCCCAGGAGGUACUGAUUGUUGAAGCUUACUGUGUAAUGGCUAUCCAUGAGAACUAGGUAUAUCGGCAUAUUUUUUGCCAGUUAGUUGUGUUACCAGAAUCUUGAAGUAGACAUUUUUUUAGGUUCAGUUAAGGUUUAAGUUAAUAAGUUUCAAAUUGGUCUUUGAGUGCUGUACUAGUGAAUGGAACUUUUAGCAUUAUUUGAAGUUUGUUGAAGUUGAGAUUUGAAGAAUUUGAAUAUUUCAAUCUAUUUCAUUUUAUUUAUCACACAAAAUAUAUCAAGAUUAAUAAAAAUUGUCUUGUUGCUUUGAUCA